AUGGCCAUCGACUCGAAGGUAGAAGAGGACAUCUUGACGAUGGUCGGGGUCGCCGAUAAGAGAGUCCGUGCCAUGGACGAGUCCGCCGCCGAAGCCUGUUUCAACAGUGCUCCUACCCCUAGGCUAUGGGGAAAGGACAUGCCCUGCAUGAAAGUCGCAGCCUCGGUCAACCUGGUCACCAUACCGGAGGAGAACCUCACCGAAGAGUAUUUUGGAAGGUUGUUGGGAGGCGGCGCUUCCAUUGUUGUACUGGACAUCACCAAGGGAGUUUUUAACGAGGCUGGUAUCACACAAGUCGGACAGAGGUCAAUGCUGAGUUUUUACCCUCCUCAGCUGAUCCUCAAGCGAACUGCGGGGAAGAGCAACAGUGGCGUCAGUCGGCCUUUUUCGUUGGCUUUGUCUGUGGGCAACAACGAACUGGCUAAACUGUCUAUUGUUAAAGUGCCUAUACCACAUGGUAUCAGCGCGGUCAUUAUCCCACCGGUUCGCACUGGCGCCGAAAUUACAUUAUCUCGGAGCUCUGCCCUGGGAAUGAAGAGGAGAAGAAUUAAGAUAUUCAUACACACCACUUCUACUAAGAACAUUGAUGACUUCCUCCCGACUGUGGAUGGAAUAGUAAGCACCAACUGGAUCGGUGCUCUCCUGAAACGCACCGUAAUUGACAUUGUGAGAGUCUACAAUAAACCUUACCUCGCAGUGAUCACGGACUGCUCUGCCGCACCAGUAGGCAACCUUAUGGCCGCAGUAUUGGUUCAAAGCGAUACAGCUCUGAGUUAUGUAGAGUGUCGGGUUUCGGCAGCAGAUGCAUUUUCGUCGAGUCCGAGUAAAUCUGACUCGGUGGUACGACUGGUGGUCGAGAGAGCCAUCGCAAUACAGAGGGACCCGGGGAAUAAGUCUAAGCUCAUAGCGGCCUUCUCGGACGACGGAACAACAGCGGCUAUGCUUUCUAGGAUGAGGCCUUCUUGCAAGAUCCUGGCCAUGUCGGCCUCUGAGGCGGUGGUGAACUUCUUCACAACCCUCUGGGGUGUCGAGCCACUGCAGACAUCUAGUUAUCAAUCGGCAGAAGCAGUGAUUCAAAAUGUGAAGGAUUUCUGUAAGGACACUGGUCUGGCCGCCUCGGGCACUAACCUCGUGGUUGUACGCCCGAUACCGUCCACGGCUACUCUAGAGGAGAUCGAUGAUCUGGAUGCUUAUGUCGAGCUGGUGGAGGUUUAG